UUUGCUCGAGCGCAACGCGGGGACUCCCGGGCUUGUGGGCGGGGGCGGGGCCCGCCCCACGACUGGGCGGUGCCAGAAGCUGUUUAAAAAGUCGCGGGGGGACCCGACCCAAGAUCGGGGACCCGGCGGCGGCUCCGCGGGGAAACAGCGAGGCUGGCGCAGCGCCGAGGCCGGGGCCCUGGGGCCCCACAAUCCGCACCACGGAAUCCCCGAGUGAGCCGGAGUGAGCGCAGCCACUGCCCAUCACAGACGGUGAAGAAGCUCCUAGAAGAGCAAAGGCGCCGCCAGCAGCAGCCUGACGCUGGUGGGCUACCGGGACAGUUCCUGGCUCCCCUGGCCCAGCCCCUGACCUCAUCUGUGAAUGAGGGUGAAGCUGGCCAUACUCACUUCCCAGCACACCAGGAGACUGUGGGUUCUGGACUUGGCAGCCUGGCACCCCCCAUGGGCUUUCCAGACUGGGACCCCAACACGCAUGCUGCCUACACGGACAGGCCCUACUCUUACCCUGCUUCUGCUGCUGAAGGUUUCCUGACUCCUGACUUCUACUCACACUCGGACCCAGGGCGGCCGUGUUCAUUUCCCCUGGGGAUGGAGGCAGGAUCCUGGAGAGGUUCUGGACUCCCUUCAGGACCCCCGCAGUUGCCUCCUGUGGUCAAUGGACCAUCCCUGGACGCUGCCCGUGCUCACAUGCUGGCUUUGGGGCCACAAAAGCUGCUGGCCCAGGAUGAGGAGGGAGACACGCUCCUGCACCUGUUUGCGGCUCGAGGGUUGCGCUGGGCUGCAUACGCCGCAGCUGAGAUGCUCCAAGCGUACAGACAUCUGGACAUUCGUGAGCAUAAGGGCAAGACCCCUCUUCUGGUGGCUGCUGCUGCCAACCAGCCCCUGAUUGUGGAGGAUCUACUGAACCUGGGAGCGGAACCCAACGCCACUGACCAUAAAGGGCGUUCUGUCUUACACGUGGCCGCUACAUAUGGGCUCCCAAGAGUUCUCUCGGCUGUGAUUAACUCAGGGGUUCGAGUUGACAUCGAAGCCAGAGACUUUGAGGGCCUCACCCCUCUCCACACAGCCAUCCUGGCCCUCAACGUUGCUAUGCACCCACCUGACCUAUAUCCCCCAGUACUGAGUACCCAGGCCCAAGACAGGCUGGCUUGCGUCAAGAUGUUGCUGCACAUGGGUGCUGAUCAUACCAGCCAGGAGAUCAAGAGCAACAAGACAGUUCUGCACUUGGCUGUGCAGGCUGCCAACCCGACCCUGGUUCAGCUGCUGCUGGCGCUGCCACGGGGAGACCUGCGGGCCUUUGUCAACAUGAAGGCCCAUGGGAACACAGCCCUCCACAUGGCGGCCGCCCUGCCCCCUGGGCCGGCCCAGGAGGCCAUUGUGCGGCGCCUGCUGGCAGCUGGGGCGGAUCCAACGUUGCGCAACCUGGAGAACGAGCAGCCUGUCCACCUGCUACGGCCCGGGCUGGGCCCUGAGGGGCUCCGGCAGCUACUGAAGAGGAGCCGUGUGGCGCCCCCAGGCCUGUCCUCUUAGGACUCCAACCCAGAACCUGGACUGAUUUUCCAGUCCCCACCGUCCUGUGGGACAGCCAGCGUAUGCUAAUGUUGCAAAUCCGUGAUAAUGUAUGUGCAUAAUGUCCUGCCAUCGGGGUCUUACAUUAAAACCCCAAAAUGGCUGUUGGCGGGUAAACAGUCCCCAAUAUUUGGGGUGGUGUGAUACCCUUCCUCCACCCACAAGGAGCCCCCUUGAUGAUUUCUGUGAAAUCGAGGCCCCUUGAUUGUUUCUGUGAAACACACUGGACCCCCAACCCUUUCCCCACCAGGAACUUUUGGGGUC